AUGAAUUUAUUUUUCUUUAGCUGUUUCCUUAUUGGGGGGCUAUCCUCAUGGGUGUUUGCAUCAUGAGUGCUGUGAUAUCAGGCUUACUCAUAUACGGAAUAAAGCAGAACCGACAUUCUAUGUUACUGCCCUGGUUGGUGCUGGGUACUUUUGGCGUUGUAUUCAGCUAUUUCAAUUUGUUGGCAGCCUUGUUUGACUUUGUUGCUGGUUCACACAACUUCCUAAGCUUCUUGUACCAAGUAUUUUCUACUGAUACAGAUUUUAACAUUAAAGAGUAUAUUGUAGUAGAGUAUAUAUACAAAUUUUAACAUAGUACAUAUUUGGAAUCACUUACAGCUCUGCAAAGCUACUUUUAUUAUAUAAUAUACUCACUGUACAUGCGUAUGAAAAUGGAUACGGGAAUCGGUAGCGUAUUGACUCCGCCACCAGCUGCAGCAGUACCAUACCAACAAAAUGAUCCUGCAUAUUCUAACUAUGGCAAGGCCGCGUCACCAUAAAAGGAUACCAAAUACCAGAAUAUAUACUAUUGAUGUUUAUUUACAAUUACAAUGUCUAUAUUAUAUGACAAGUUGCAUUUACUUUCGCCAAAUUCGCGUUUAUUCAACGCUUCUUAGCUUUUUUAAAACUUAACAACUAACUAAAACAGUACAUAAAAGGAUGCCAAAUACCAGAAUAUAUACUAUUGAUGUUUAUUUACAAUUCCAAUAUCUAUAUUAUAAGACAAGUUGCCUUUACUUACGCCAAAUUCGCGUUUAUUCAAAGCUUUUUUAAAACUUAAAACCUAACUAAAACAAAUAAUAAAAAUACUCAAGAUGUUCCUUGCCAACAACUAUUUUCCCAAUAAAUAAUAUUAGUUAAUAAAUUGAAU